CUAGUACAAAUUUUAAAAUACAAAAUAUCAUAGCAUGCUGGCUGCUGCGCAUCAUUUUGGGUGCACCUGAACCUGAUGGUAUUUACAUGAGUAAUAAACACCCUUCUGACCUCGAGCUUCCCAUUUUCGUGCUGUCCACCAACAAUUCUUUCUCUCUCUACCUUGGAGAAAAUAAAAAUUUGAGAGGGUAAUGGGGGAGGAGAAGCCGAAAUCGACUGGAGUUUGGCCCACUGUGAAGCCGUUCGUUAAUGGCGGUGCCUCUGGUAUGCUUGCGACCUGUGUUAUUCAGCCAAUCGAUAUGAUCAAGGUAAGAAUACAACUGGGCCAGGGAUCAGCUGCCGAUGUGACACGGAACAUGCUAAAAAACGAAGGUAUAGGGGCUUUUUACAAGUUAUCUGCUAAUAUUGUUAUAGAGUUCUUGUGUGAAAUGAGGUUAGUGAAAAGGAUACUGACAAACAAAGCAAUAGAAGCCAAUGAUGGGAAACCUUUACCUCUUUACCAGAAGGCUCUAUGUGGAUUGACAGCUGGAGCAAUUGGAGCAAGUGUGGGCAGUCCCGCUGAUUUGGCGCUCAUCCGCAUGCAGGCGGAUGCCACUUUGCCUGCUGCCCAAAGGCGCAACUACACGAAUGCAUUUCACGCGCUCUCUCGUAUUGUUGCCGAUGAAGGAGUUUUAGCCCUCUGGAAAGGUGCUGGCCCAACUGUUGUGAGGGCUAUGGCACUUAAUAUGGGUAUGCUUGCUUCAUAUGAUCAAAGUGUGGAGUUCUUCAAGGACUCUCUUGGCUUUGGCGAGGCUACGACGGUUGUAGGGGCCAGUACCGUAUCUGGAUUUUUCGCUGCGGCCUGUAGUUUGCCGUUUGAUUAUGUGAAGACUCAGAUACAGAAAAUGCAGCCAGAUGCUGCUGGGAAAUAUCCUUACACUGGUUCAUUGGAUUGUGCCCUAAAAACCCUCAAGGCUGGUGGGCCUUUCAAGUUCUAUACUGGAUUUCCAGUGUAUUGUGUUAGAAUUGCUCCUCAUGUCAUGAUGACCUGGAUCUUCCUGAACCAGAUCCAGAAAUUUGAGAAAUCUGUUGGGUUGUAAUUCUUCUCUGAGUGGAGAAAGAGGCGUUUUUUCGGAUUUGGAGUUCUUUCUUAUCAGAAUAAUAUAUCGGCCAUGUUUGAAAUAUUUUUUUCUGGAUUAUUGAGGUUAAUUUUACCGAAAGCGUGAUAACUUUGUAUUGAACUGAACCAAAUUAGGGUGGCAAGGGCAUCGAUUUUCCCUUUCUCGAGAUUGUAUCGGGCUGACUUUGGAGGAUUGUUUCUCAUUUGAAUUCGUGGGGAAAUGAUAAUAAUUGUACUUUGAACAGCUGAGUGGAGAAGCAUUCUUUAUAAGGGCUGAUUACGUUUAUGUGCCAUCUCAAUCUUGUCCAUUUGAGCUGUUCUACUCAUAUUCAUGGUGGCCCGAUUUUCU